AUGGGUCAAGGAUCCCAUGUCCCGAAGUUCGGUGAUUGGGACAGCGACAACAUUCCUUACACUGCAUAUUUUGAAACUGCACGCAUUGAGAAAGGCUCGGUAGUGAAGAAAAUAAAUCCAAAUGAUCCAGAAGAGAAUCCAUAUGCAUUCUUCGGAACAAUGGGCCAUGAAAACGAUACAUAUUAUAAUGCAAAGCCAUUAGCACGAAACAGCUCAGGAAGAAAGGCGGUUGAUGUAGAGAAAUCCUAUGAGGAAUAUCCAGAGAGAGAAGGACAACAAGUUCCCUCAAAGAGUCGAGACCAAAAGAGCAUUCGCUCUGAAUCCAACAACGAGAAAAGCAAUUCUGACUUUUCACUUUUGCAGCAAAAGCAUCGGUCCUCAAGGUCCAUUGAAAAGAGAAGUCAGGGAGAAUUUAGUGGGAUCCCUCCGAUGUCACCACCACCUAAUCAAUUAAGAAGUGGGAUGGGUAUACCAAAUGACACUCGACAUCAUAAAGCAGCAUCAGUGCCAAAGUUUGGUGCUUGGGAUGAAACAGACCCUAAAUCAGGCGAUGGGUUUACAAUCAUCUUUAACAAAGUAAAAGAAGAGAAGCAGAUUUUGGCAAACAACUUUCCGCCUAUUCGUCCACCGCCAACAAAUUACUCCAAAGAAAGUUCAUCAAAGGCACCAAGGGUACAGUUCUUGUAUACUUCACUUCCUCUAUUGGUUAAGUUGAUUUGA